AUGGCAGAAUCCACCAAAUCAAAUAAAUCUAAAAUGCUUGCACAGAAGCAAUCAUCCCCUUCUGAGCUCGUCCCUUCAGAUAUUCUCCUCGACAGAUUCAACGCUUGGAAGACUAUCACCAAGAAUCUCAUCGCUUACUUUGAAGGUGUCGCCGACAUUGAAUCUAACACGGCGAGAGAGUUGACUAAGCUCGGUGGCGUUAUCCAAGUCCCUUUCAAAGAGGGUUCUCAAUUUAUGGGCCACGGCGGUCUCCAGGAUGUCUUCUUCGAGGUCCGCGAUAGAUCAAGAUCCAUCGCUGACCACCACGCAAACCUCGCUAAGACUAUCGAUGGCUCUAUCGUACAGCACCUACACAAGCUCCAUGCCGAAGUCAAGGCUCACAUUCGCAACAUUGCCAAUGACACCUCCAAAUUAGCCACUUCCGUUGCUAGAGAGAGAGAGUACUCUAUGCGCACCGUCUCUGACCUCCAAAAGGCAAUCACCACCACUAAGAACACCCCAACCUCGAUUGCCGCAAGAGAUGAUCCUUACUUGAUGAACUCUUUGGUCGCUAAGCAGCUCCAGAAGCAGGUUCAAGAGGAGAAUGCUUUGCAAAAGUCCAUCGUCAUUAUGCAGCAAAAUUCAGCUCAAUUCGAAGAGGGUAUAACCUCUUCUCUCCAGUCUGCCUGGUCCACCUUUGACGAGUGGCAGUCUAGGAUGUCAUACGAAGUCCAAGACACCUGGAAGGGUAUGGGUCAAAUGUUCGCUUCCUUGGAACCAGACGCUGAGUGGUUGGCUUUCGCUGACAGGACCGACCACCUUAUGGACCCAGAGACUCCUCUCCGUCAACAAGAGCUCAUCGACUAUCCAGGCAGAGACGAUCCAUCCGUCUUGCCAGUACACGUUGGCUGGCUCGAGCGCAAGAAGAGAUUCACAAAGUCUUACAGAGAGGGCUUCUAUGUCCUCACACCUGCUGGCUACUUACACGAGUUCACCUCUCCUGAUCCAAAGAGCCAGAGCGUCCCAUCACUCUCACUUUUCCUGCCAAACUGCACCUUAGGUCCACCAUCACACUCUUCCACCUCCAAAUCGCACAAGUUCCACUUGGAGGCCAACAAGUCUGGCAAAUUCUCGAGAGACCAUUCGUACACAUUCAGAGCGAGAUCGCACGAAUCUAUGUCCGAAUGGUGGAACGAUCUCAGAAUGCUCGUAUCGAGAUACCUGGUCGCGUCUGAGACUAUGGAUAGAUCAGGUCCAAUUGCUGCCGCCGUCCGCAGCGCCGGCUACAUCUCCGAGUCAGAAGAAGAGGGCGGCUCAAGUCUCGAGGAAGAAGAGGAGACGUUCAGCGAGACGUACGAAAACCAGCCAACAGAGGCUGAGCAAAGCCAUCUCCAGCACGCCAAAGAGGACGAGGAGGUAGCCAGAGCGCACGUCGACGAGGCCGAGACAGACUCGGAAUCUGAGCUCGAAGAGGAGGAUGAGGAGGAGGCCGCGCCGGCUUAUACCUCCCCUAGAGCCUCGUCCGGCAUCCAGGUCGGCAAGGAUGGCAUCGUCGAGAAGCCCACUGUGAAGGUCGGCAGGAAGUCCUCCAAACGCUCUUCCAAGACGCAGCAACCGGAAAAGCUCCUCACGGGCGAGAGCCUCGACAAGGAGGAGCACGACGACAGUCAGAGCCCUGGUCUCCUCGGUAAAUUCAAGGAGGUAUUUAUCAAGUCGACCGAAAAUCCCGCCGAAAAUGCACCAGCUGAUGAGAAGACAGCCGCAAACACCGCUCAGGCCCAAAGCACCGCUGCUGCUGCGUAG